GACUAUAGUAGUUCGGUCGGUUCUAAAGUAGUACUAUAUUUAGUUCUACGUUUUAUAAUAAGGGGCUUUAAGACUAAAAUUCACAAUCCAAUGGUGCAAAGUAAUUAUGGAAAACUAAAAUGACAUUUGAUGUGAAUUUUACUCUAACGAUAAAAAUGCGUCUUGUUUAAAUUAAGUAGGUUAUGGGUGUGUGGUCUUAUUUAACCUUUGAUAAGCAAUAUACGGACAAGAUGUAGUGUCACAUAAACAAACAAAGCUAAAUACUGUUCCCAUUCUGUGGACACGUUUCGUUUGCACUCCAUCCAAUUCGUAGUAUUGUUUAUCAAAGUAUUUAACUUACAACUAGACUAUUGUAAAUCACUCGUCAAUAAGUCACUCCAUCGAUUUAUUAGCUAGUUGAUUUUGCUCAAUAAAAUUAUAAAUUACUUUUAAACGUAACUUGAAUACAUAAACAUCGAUCAAUGAUAUAAAUGCGAGACUUACAAAGAGACUUACAAUAAAAGUUAUUAAAGUCACCUUGGAUUAAAGAGGUUAUUAGUAACCGCGGCAGAUUCUGUAUUGAGUAGUACAAGCAGGGGGGUCACUAUGGCUAGUAGCACGGGCCGCAUUUAAGACGUGACAAAAAUUCUCCGUCGCGCUCGCUCUGGAGGCUGCGCGAUGUGAGUGAGCGCGACGGAGAAUUUUUGUCACGUCUUAAAUGCGCCCCGUGCUAGCCCCCUAUGAUCGUAUAAAAAGGAACGAACAAAACUUCUACUGCAAUGGGCACAUUUAAUGCGGCAUAGAGUCGUGGUUAGCUCCUAAACUUGAUUUUAUCACUAAGCUUCGGAGCGCUGCGUUAUCAUCGACUCUAUAUCGUUGUAUUAAGCGUACCGAUUGCAUGACAGCUCUCGUUCGUUCGAUGUCUAUAGUGAACCCCCAGCUACCGUAUGCGUGACUAGAGUCGGUUGAAUAACUUGUGCAUUCUACUCGAACACGGCCUGAUGACAUUAAAACCUAAAAACUAUUAUUACCUAACAGCGCUAACACACGAUUACAAUUCAAUUCAACACGUACGUUGGAGCGUGCCUCUGCCUCUACAGAUGAAUAGUAGUAACUAAAUCUAAUCUAAUUGUCUACCGAAUUCAGUAGCCAGUUUCUAAAAGCCUGAUCAAAGUUAAUUGUCGACAAAAGUAACAAAAAUAAACUGUGAGAAGACUGGGAUCAGCAUUUUGGAGUAGGUAAUCGAAUCGAGCUACUCAGUACAAAAACAGCGUAACUGAAUAUUUAAAUAUUAUACCAAACAAACUUAUAAAGUGUGAUUAUCAAUAUAAAACUUUUGACUGUACAUCACUACACUUUCUUGAAAUUUUGGUUCUUUGAGGGUAGGUAAACUGUAUUUAAAAUCUCACAAUAUUUAUUAUAUUUAAUGUCAAUUUAAAAGGAGAUAAACGUCGACCUCACAUUGCAACAUUAUUUCGCGUCCUACCAGUAAUAAUACUUAUAAUUAAUCUUUUAUUUAGAGUAUAAAAAAGUAUAUUUUCUUAUGCAACACAAUGUAUAUAAAUAUAGCGUUAAAAUUAUAUUAUGAAAUAUUCUUAUGAGGUGUAUAAAUUGCUGUAUAAAACUUUUUUUUUUGUAAACUUCAGUGUUCACCUAUUUUUAUCGAACCACCGGUUUUAAAAUUUAUGAUUGUGAUAAGUGGGCUUGUUAUAGAUUUAGCAAUAUGUCUAGAUACUGAAAAAUCACUAAGUAGGUAUAUGAUAAAACCUUCCUAAAAUAAAACGUCCCUUUAGCUAAAACUAUUUUAAAUUUAAAAGCCGGCGGUUUAUAUAUUAUAUAACUUAUUUUUAAUUAAUGAAUUAAAUAUUACGAUUCGCAUAUUUACAUCCUCUGUAUUUAUUUAGAUUUAAAAAUUAUCGAGUCAGUAUAAGAUAUUAGUUACUUAAUUUUGCUUAGCUCGCGUAGGUACACACCUCUUAGCCUGGUUUAUUUGUGUAAUAUUAUUGAUAUAAUUAAUUUUAAGGCCAUUUCCAAUAAAAGAGUGAUUAUUUUGACUUAAAAAAUUAGUUGCCUAAAGAUACCUGUCGUAAUUUAUACGAUAAAAGUUAAUUCCAUCUACUCAACUGCCUGUUAAACUUAUGUAAAAUCAUUUGAGUGAAAUAUUGCGAGUCAGAAUACUAUUUCGGGCAGGUCUCUUUGGUUUACAAUUAAUGUUAUUAAUGUAAUCAAUAACAAAAUAUGUAAUAUUAAUAUAAUGUAAAAUAAAAUGCAGCGUUGGUUAGUUAUUGGUUAAAGAAGUGGAUUUUGGUUGCCAUGGCAACGGUAUUGUGAUGAACAAGUUCGAUGUUGUUGCAUUAUAGAUAUUUUUAUUACUAUUAUAAUUAUUAUAACUUUAUCAGAAUAUCCUGUAAAUAGACUAUUGAAAUUCAUGCAAUUAAAAAAGUUAUUAAUUUAGAGCCGUUUUUUAUUGUAUACUAUUUGAUUGAUUUGAUAGGUAAAGUAAGUCCUGAUUUAGAAUCAUUGAGGAUAAAAGAAUAUAAAUUAAAACUAUAUUGUCCCUUACAUAGAAGACAAAAGGAAGGUCCACCCAUACUUUGAGUAUAUAUUACACAAUAACAAUAGUUAUUGUGGUGUGACAAACUACCUUAGUGCAUCAAACACUGUUCACAUUCCACCACGUAUAUUCCGUAUGUUACUACGGUGUUACCGUGUUAACCCGUAUCUUUAGACUCUAAAUCAUAAAGCUACGUACGUACCGCGCUUUAAUCUAGUUUUCUAGUCUCCUAACCACUUGCAGUUUCACUGUCGGCAAUGUGAGAGCCGCCAUCGACAUAGCCAGGGAAAGGAGUUCUCUACAUAAUAAUGCAAUAAUAUAAUAUAAUAUUCCUGUGAACUCGCAACAACUACCUCUGCAAUAUCUAAAAAUCAUCUGUUCUGUUGAAACUGGUUAUGUCAAAAUGUGGAAGGGCGAUGGCCAUCAACGGACUACGCAUUAUGCAACGAGUCCCAACUUUUCUGCCAAUUGUUGGCAGAUAGCGGCGCGCGCCUGACCUUAGUAUUGAAACGUUGCGCGACCGUUGCACCGCUCAACUUACCUAGUUGUGGCGCGAAAUGUGGCUGUGAUAGUUUAUUUUUUUUAUUGUUGUGUUUUGUGUGUUCAAUAUGAAGUGCCAUAAUUUGUGGCUUGCGGCGUUAUGUGCGGUGAAUACUUGGAUGUUUGCCGGCGGGAGCCUGGUGAAAAUUAAUGACACAGUGCUAGCGUCGCUGCCGCCGCUGUUCGCGCUGCAGCGCUGGGCGGCGUGCCAGCGCCCCGGCGACCGCUACUGUCUGCUGGAGGCCGAGCUGGUGGCUGGACCUCCGGACCUACUGCUCACGCUGCAGGAGUACUCAGCCCAAACAGACAAGCACUACAACCGCAGCCGCAUCCACCGCGGGGUGUGCGUGACGCGGUGCGGGGGCUCCACCGGGGGCGCGGGGGGUGACGGCGGGGGCGCGGGGGACGAGGCGGCGCUGCAGCAGUGCGUCAACCAGACGCUGUAUGAGGAGUAUGGACUGCAGGCAUCACUCCUCUCCGUCUCAUACUGCUCGACAGCGGGCGCGGCGCCGCCCCCCGCGCCGGGCGCGCGAGCCCUGGGCGUGCUGACGCUGGUGCUGGGCGUGCUGGCCGCCCUGGCCACCGCCCUGCACGCGGUGGGCGACCGCUGCGCGCGCCAAGAGAAAAUCCUCUCGAACAAAUACUUGCUGGCGUUCUCCAUCAAGAAGAACUGGGAGAUCAUCACGUACGACCGCUCGCGGCCGCGCCAGGACCAGCGCAUGAGCGACCUCGCCUGUCUCGAGGGGAUCAGAGUGCUCGCCAUCGAGUGCGUGAUCUUCUCUCACGUGCUGUUCAUGUAUAUCUACUCCUACACCGACAACCCGGAGUAUGUUGAAAAGAUGUACGACACAUUCGCGUGGCAGAGCGCGCUGAAUUCCCCUCUCUGGCUGCAGGCGUUCCUCGCCAUGUCGGGCUUCCUCACCGCCUACUCGCUGCUGCUCUGUGCUGAAAGGAAGCCCUAUACUGUCGUGAAGUGCGCCGUGGCUAUUGUUACUAGAUGGGUCAGACUAACCCCCACAGCACUAUACGCUCUCUGGUUCACGAUGGCGUGGUUCCCGGCGCUGGGCAGCGGCCCGCAGUGGGGCUGGCUGGUGGCGCGGGAGGCCCAGGACUGCGCUGACCGGUGGUGGGUGCACGCGCUGUAUGCACACAACCACCUGCCUAGAGGGAAGUUCUGUAUGGGGCAUACUUGGUACCUAGCAGUGGACAUGCAGCUGCACAUCCUGGGCACACUACUCCUGCUGGUCUGCCUGCGCUGGCGCCGCGCCGCGUGGCCGCUGCUGGCGUUGCUGAUGGUACUGACGGUGACGGCGUCGGGGCUGACGGCGUACCUGUACGACUUGAAGCCGAUUAUCACUGCGCAGGCGCCGGAGAACCUCCGCUCCCUAUUCCUGGACACGGAGAUGCUGUCGCUGCUGUACCUGCCCGCGUGGCUGAACCUGCCCGGCUACGUGGGCGGCGUGGCCGUCGCGCUCAUCCUGCACGGCAACCAGAAGAACGGGGUCAAGCUGGCGGAGAGUGUCCCGUUCAACAUCCUAUUCCACCUGUCCCUGCUGCUGGGCAGCUGCUGCGUGCUGGGCGGCUCCGUGUUCCUCGAGGACGCGCCGCCGCCGCGCUGGGCCUCCGUGCUGUAUUCCACCUUCGACCGGACCAUCUGUGCCGUCACGUUCAGUGUGUUCAUGCUGGGGUGCGUUAGUCGGUGUCAUUCGGCCCUCCGAGACAUGUUCGACUGGCGCGGGUUCCACUCUCUCGGGAGGCUCUCCUACUGCGCCUUCCUCAUCCACUUCAUCGUGCUCCGGCUGACGCUCGCCUCCGACACGCGGUUGCAACACGUGUCUAUUGUGUCUUGUCUAACCCUGUUCAUAACCACCUCGAUCCUGACGUACCUAGCCUCCAUCCCGCUCUGCCUGCUAGUAGAACUUCCAUUCACUCAGCUGUGGAAGGCUGUGGUGGAGGCGGAGCGGCCGGUUGACUCCCCCACGCCCGAGCCCGUGGACCAGGGGAAGCCCUUCGAUCUAGUCGCUACGGUUGACGGCAGACAUGUACUUAGAGAAUAACCCUCUAAUUCAUAGACCGUAUUUUAA